AUGAGGCUUCAAAAUCUGCUUUGUCGGUUUUUCACAUUAUACCUGGGGACUAUUCUCUUAGUUACUUGUCAAUUUGUUCCCGUCUCUCGUCAUCUACAAACAAGUGCCAUAAUUAACAAUUCCAGAUGGUAUUUCUUUGGUGGAAGAAUUAGGAAUCACGGAGUCGACAGUGAUGACAUUAGUGACAUUAAUGACAUUAAUGAAGUAUUUUACCUUAAAUUAUCAAAAUCAUUCAGCACUGAUUCGCUUGAAUGGCAUAAAGAUGAAACAGGAAGCCCUCUAGCAAAUGUUUUUAGCACAUCAUACGUUUAUCCUAAUAAUUCAUCUAUUCUCAUAAUUGGCGGGGUUAUGGCGAACCAAACGACACACGAUGUUCUUCCAAAUAGUUCAGCAAUAUACAAAUACAAUUUAAAUGAUUCAAGUUGGGAGGUACCAAAAAUUACGGGAAUAGAUGAUUUUGCUCAUUGUGGUGGAUUACAAUCCAUGGCUGAUAAUACUGGAAGAAUUUUUUUAUACGGCGGGAUGCUAGAUAUUCCUGGCCCAAUUUGUAAUAAAAUGAGUAUUUUAUAUACAAAUAAUAUGUCAUGGAUAACAAACAAUAUUACUACUUCACGAUUUGGUUAUGCUGCUACCAUAGAUAAAAGUGGAAAUAUCACAUAUAUUGGUGGUCGUUCGAUGUCUAAUUUUGACGAUGAUAGUUAUGUUAGCAUGAAUGAGAUUCUGAUAUUCGAUACUAAAUCCCUAAGCUGGCAUAACAUUGUAAGCAAUAGUAGACUUACUGGAGAAAGCCUAGUACUUUUAAAUAAACAUGUUUACAUUUUUGAUACAUUAAACUAUAAAUGGGUAAAAACACUUGAAAGAGACACUCCAGUACCUCCUUUGAUUAUUGUAUUACCUAUUUUAGCAUUUUUAUUGGUUUUAUUAAUGAUUUGUUGGUGCUUAAAACGCCAACGAAAACAAAAUGAAGGCCUUUCUUCUUGA